CUGUCCGAGACGUUCGACCUUCUCGACAUUGACAAGGAUGGCAGACUGUCACGUAAUGAAAUUGCGGCCCUUCUACGAACUGUGAAGGUGGAACCGACUCGCGUUGAACUCGACUUCAUUUUCAAGGAAAUGGACGCUGAUCAUGCAAACUUUUCAGAGGAAAUGGCUCGUGUUCUGAAGGAAACAACUGACCUGAACGAUGCACAAGUGAUUCAUGAGAUGUUUUCCGCAACUGAUACAAAUGGUGAUGGCCGAAUCAGUUUCCUCGAGUUUGUUAAAAUGAUGCAAGAAUGA